AUGGGUAAUGACGGUGGAAGUAUCCCCACCCGCCGCGAACUCGUCCGCGAAGCUGCCCGCGCCCCGACUACAGCACAAUUAAAAGAAACUCAGCGCGAGCAGCAAGAACACGCCUGGACGACUUGCCCACUUUCGCACAAAGUUCUCGCUCGACCGAUAGUCUCUGACUCAGUUGGGAAUCUUUACAACAAAGAUGCUGUACUUCAAUUCUUGAUCGGCGAUGACGCCGAAGGCAUUAGCUCCAAGUCCGACUGCGAGGAGAUCCUAUGUGGACGAGUGAAGGGACUUCGGGAUAUUGUCGAGCUUCACUUUGAGGUUGAUACUGAGCGCACUGAGCACCCGUCUGAUAAGGUCAAUGCGCACCGUCAUCAGCGCCGCGAGGGCUGGAUUUGUCCUAUCACCGCGAAGCCGCUUGGCGCCGGCGUGAAGUCUGUCUACCUUGUGCCAUGUGGCCAUGUUUUCACUGAGGAGGCAGUUCGUCAGCUGAAGGGCGAUAAGUGUUUGCAGUGCGACGAGGCCUAUACCGAAGACAACAUCAUCCCCAUUCUACCGACCAAGGAAGAGGAAAAGCAACGCCUUAUCGCACGUGGCCAAAAGCUCGCUGAGCAGGGCCUCACGCACUCGCUCAAGAAAGCCCCCGGCUCGAAGAAGCGCAAGAAGCACGCCACUACGGAGAACUCGGUUGAUGCUCCCAGCAACACUGCGGAUGCGCCUAAAUUGGCAGCUGGAGCUAAUAAUCGGAGCAAUACUUCCACUCCCACACCUGGUGGUAACAUCAAGAAUGCCUCUGCUGCAAAGAUCGCUGCACGCGUUAAGGAUGAACAAGAUGAGAAGAAUAAACGUCAGAAGAGAGCCGGCCUCAAUGAAAACUUGGAUAGUCUUUUCACCAAGAAAGACAGCAGUAAGAGUGGUGAUUUUAUGACAAGAGGCUUCACUAUUCCGGCUUCGGCGAGGCGGUAG